UCCCAAAUAGAAAGGACGGGGUUGCUCGUGGGAAAUUUUAAGAGGUACGACGAUCCUGUUUUGUGGACGUGGUUUAAAUUUUUUUUCGCCCCUAUCUGAGGAACCAAUUCCCGGCCCCGCGGGUCGCCUCCACGAUUCUCAGAGCGACGCCACGUGCCCGACUUGUUCCCAGGCGAUCUCGUGCCAUGCGCAAGGACGAUGGGUGAGAAAGAAAACGGAAGCAGGAUCUACUUCUAUCAUUGUUGUUGUUUCUGUUCAUGAUGUGGCGAGGGCUGAGAGUUUACAGCGGGAUUUGCCCGGACUCUGAGUGCCGUACAAAACUUUAUUUUCCAUCUUACGCCAGUUCAAGCGUGGAAUGCACAGGUUGCGGUCAACACCACGCGAAGGACAGUCUAUUGAAUGUGGAAGACAUCCAAGACCCCGACAUAGCUCUUCGAAGUCUUCUACGUUCAGUGUUACUGGGCCAUGCUUCCUCUAAGACCACACCAGACCUGGUGAAGGUCAAAGGAUAUUCAAACUACCACUGCAAGCUGUUGUCUCCGCUUCUAACACACUAUGGAAUGGAUAAAAGAACAGGAGAGGGGAAACUGUUAAGUGAAAUGGGCCAAGGUGCCAUGUUUGACUGCGCUGUUUUGGGAGAUCGCGCAUUCCAAAUCGAGUCAGAGCACGUGGAAACGGCUGGCUAUGGACGAGAUAACACAGGAUCGCAUUUGUAUCUUGAGAAAACUCUACAGGAGAUAAAAGUUGUCAACGACAACGAAGAAAGACUCAUUCCAGUGCAUGUUGAUGGCGACGGCCAUUGUCUUGUCCAUGCGAUUUCGCGCGCUCUUGUUGGAAGAGAGAUCUUUUGGCACGCGCUAAGAGCCAACCUAAAGAGCCACCUUGAAACCGAAUUACACAAGUACAAAGGAUUGUUCAGAGAUUUCAUUCACGAUGACGAAUGGAAAGAUAUCAUUUCGGAAGCAGACCCAUAUUUCCAACCUCCAGAAUCCUCCGGAGAGGGGCUUGGGUUGAGAAACAUCCAUCUGUUUGGCCUUGCCAAUGUGCUGCACCGACCAAUCAUCUUACUUGACAGUGUGACGGGAAUGCAGUCUAGUGGCGAUUACUCAGGCAUAUUCCUUCCUGCAUUGAUUCCAGAAGAGAAGUGCAAAAGCAAAGACAAUACUCUCAAUAAACCGUUGGCCGUGGCUUGGAGUAGCUCAGGGCGCAACCAUUUCAUUCCUCUUGUCGGCGUGAAAGGCAAACCCAUGCCCAAGCUUCCUGACUGGUUAAUUCCCAAAGCAUGGGGAAUUCCAAAUGAGCUUGUCAAACGGUACGUGGAGUUUGAUUGUCACGGCCACUGUUUUAUCGGUGGGGAGCGUUGUCUACAAGAAAAGUACUUGCAAAGACUGGUGAAAGCUAUGGAUGACCUUUUCAUCAAGAAAAACAAUAUAGCUGCACAGCUGGUCACUGAAGUUCACCAAUUUGUUUACAAGCCAUCUGGAAUGGUUGGCGUUAAACCAGAAACAGUUACCAUGGCAGCUAAAUCAGCUGUUGCUGAUGGUCGGCUGUACAGAUGCCUGUCAUGCAACGCAUUAAGCGAGAUGCAUUUUGAUAUUUCAUCCGAGCUGCUUAGACCCGGAGGAGAGCUGUACAAUAUGGCAGUGGACACUUAUGGUCCUCUUGAGGAAGGAGUUAGUUAUCCAUUUCUUCAACAAGAACUGAUCUGUGUACUUGAUGCAGAACUGGACAUGUUGGUUCCUGUUAAACACAAGAAUGUGGCCUUGCGUGAAUGCCGUUUUUGCCGCGGUCCUCUUCGCCGGGUUAAGUCAGAUGGCAGUGCAGUGUAUAUGAACGGCGACAGAACGACGACACCUGUUGAAGGACACAGCCGGUGCGGAUGUGGUUUCAAACAUUACUGGAAUGGAAGAGAGUACGACAACAUGCCAGAAAGUUUCCCAAUUAGCUUGGAAUGGGGUGGAAAGACUGUCUCAGAGACAGUGUAUUGGUUCCAGUAUGAACAUGAUCCAUCUCUUAAUUCCAAUGUGUAUGAUGUUGCAACCAAGCUUGUGCAGAAGCACUUUCCAGGGGAAUUUGGCAGUGAGAGGCUGGUGCAGAAAGUAGUAGAUAUCAUUUUACGACAGACAGCAAAGAGAGAAGGAGAGAACAAAGGAGCACGCCCUAACUUUGUUUCUCAAAAUGCAAGUGGAGCAAGCAGUGAUCAAGACACUAAUGCUGUCAGCACCUUCACACCUAGUAAGAUAAUCCUGACAGGAGAAAAAAAGAAAACGUUACACAGAGAGGAACUAAACUUGAGUGAAACAGAAAGAGUCCUAAAGACCAGGACAGAACACCAUGCUGCCAUAAUGCAGAAGAGAAGGAGCGGCGAAGGAGUUAAGAAAACCGCAGAGAAAGAAGCUAAAGUUCCAAAACAACUGACUGGAGUCAAACCCCAACAAGCCAGUCCCAGUAAAACUGGUGAGACACAAAUCCCAUCUGCACAAGCUGUUGUGAAACGAACUGACAAGAAAGUGCGCCUGUCAACAUCAGAUGGAAAACAGUCAAUGCUAACACUUGCCAUGGACACUACAUUCAAAGAGCUUCAAAACCUGAUAGAGAAGGAGCUUGGCAUUCCACCACAGGAACUCAGGAUUAGGUAUGUACCCAGUACCGCAGCAGCAGCAGCAGCAGCAGCAGCAGCAGCAACAGCUACAAGUAAUGUACCACAAUUGACCUACAAACAGCUUGAAGAGCACAUCAACAAGUUGGUCUUUUUCAUUAGUUUCCCAAUUAGCUUGGAAUGGGGUGGAAAGACUGUCUCAGAGACAGUGUAUUGGUUCCAGUAUGAACAUGAUCCAUCUCUUAAUUCCAAUGUGUAUGAUGUUGCAACCAAGCUUGUGCAGAAGCACUUUCCAGGGGAAUUUGGCAGUGAGAGGCUGGUGCAGAAAGUAGUAGAUAUCAUUUUACGACAGACAGCAAAGAGAGAAGGAGAGAACAAAGGAGCACGCCCUAACUUUGUUUCUCAAAAUGCAAGUGGAGCAAGCAGUGAUCAAGACACUAAUGCUGUCAGCACCUUCACACCUAGUAAGAUAAUCCUGACAGGAGAAAAAAAGAAAACGUUACACAGAGAGGAACUAAACUUGAGUGAAACAGAAAGAGUCCUAAAGACCAGGACAGAACACCAUGCUGCCAUAAUGCAGAAGAGAAGGAGCGGCGAAGGAGUUAAGAAAACCGCAGAGAAAGAAGCUAAAGUUCCAAAACAACUGACUGGAGUCAAACCCCAACAAGCCAGUCCCAGUAAAACUGGUGAGACACAAAUCCCAUCUGCACAAGCUGUUGUGAAACGAACUGACAAGAAAGUGCGCCUGUCAACAUCAGAUGGAAAACAGUCAAUGCUAACACUUGCCAUGGACACUACAUUCAAAGAGCUUCAAAACCUGAUAGAGAAGGAGCUUGGCAUUCCACCACAGGAACUCAGGAUUAGGUACGGAUUUCCUCCCCAUGAACUGCACCCUCCUGUCGAGGGACAUGAGGAGGACCCAGUUCCCUUACAACACGGUGACAGAGUGAUGGUGGAACACUUAAAGCCAGUUGUCCCAGAGCAGAUCCCCCCGGAUGUGGUUAUGUCAGAAGUAAAAGCACAGGGGGGUGAGAGUAGUGCUUCUUCUGAGGCAGAGGCAAAAAGUGAUCAACAAAGACAAGCUGAGAACACUGCUGCUAUGGCCUCAGUUCUUUUCAAUGCAUUAGGUGCAUUGACUGGUGGAGACAUGUGGGAAGCAGCACAGAAUUGUCAUGAAAUGUUUGACAGAGGAGGGUUCUACUACAACAAGGUUGUCAGUGAUCUAGGCCCACUUCAGCCAAACCAGCACUGCACACUCCCUCAGUUCCCAAACAAGGUGUUUGCUUACAAUGCUCAAAAAGAUCGCUUGGACCUCUGUCUUGGCCAAAGACAUAUCCAAGUGCAACCGCUGGACAAAGACACAUUAUUGCUGGCGCACACUCGCCCCACUCAAAUACCUGCAGAGGAAAGGACUAGCGGCAGUCUGUCCAGCGAGGCUAGCUUCAGUGGUGCUAUUGGACACAGAGACACGUCACAUGCUCGCAUGGCAUUUUCAGGAAAGGGGCAAACUUUAUCAGGUGCCCAAUCCCCUCCAAAACCUACUGUUGAGUCCCUCCCGCCACCGAUACUGUUGACCAACCCCAGCACUUCACAGACGAACACGGAUCAGUCUGAGGCUAAUCAGAGGCAGGAGGAAGUUAAGGAGGUUCAAGAACAGAAUUCUAAAGAACUGAAGCAAGAAACAAGUGAACCUUCGGAAGUCAUGAUCACUGAACAAGUGGAUGCGAAAAAGGAGGAACAUGUUCAAGAAAUGUCGGUUGAGAAUCGUGGCGCUUCACAGAAUACUAAAGAUAUCAAGGAAGAAACAAGUACAUCUUCCGAGUCCAUGGUCACUGAGCAAUUGGAUGUGGACAAAGAGGAACAUGUUCCAGAAAUGUUGGUCGAGGAUCCUGGAGUAGCACAGAAAUCUAAAGAGCUAAAGGAAGAAACAAGUGUACCUUCCAAGUCCAUGGUCACCGAGCAAGUGGAGAUGAAAAAAGAGGAAAAUUUUCAAGAAAUGCUGGUUGAGAAUUCUGGAUCAACAGAGGUUGUUGUGCAAGUGAAUACAACACAGGGACAAGUAGAGCAGAUCACGCUGCUCGAGCGUGACAAAGAGGAAACAGAAGUGGCGUGCGUGACAGCAGAGGAAAACGAGUUCAUGGAAACAAACCAAGGUAACAUGGAAAAUGUUGUCGACGAGCUUGUUGUUGCUGUUAAUGAUUCAACGAACCUCUCAGAACAAGGGGGCAAUGUGGAAUGUAUUGAAACCACUUCAGAAUCAAUGGAAACUGAUCAAUUGACCAGUAAGGAAGAUGGCGUGACGCAGAAAGUCACGCAGGUCACGUCAGACCAAUCCCAUAAUCAAGCUUUGAGAGGCGACGUGACAGAAGGCGAAGUUGUAGACAAUGCUGCAGAUUCUGAGCUAAGUGCCAGCACAGUAAACCGUGCGGAUGCUGGGUCGAGUGAUGCAACAAUGCUUCAAAUGUCCGUUGCCAUGGAGAUUGACAUUCAAGGAGAAAAUAGUGCUGCAAAUUCUCCAACGAAGGUUGAACUUUCAGAAAGAGAGACGUCGUCCAAACAUCUCCAAGAAUCGGAAAUUGCGCUUGAUCGAGAAUCAAAUCAAGGGCUGAACAGUGGAGAAGAUGGAACGUCAACCGUGAUGAACGUUGAAACUAUUACCGAGUGUGACACUAAUGAGGGCUCGUCCCUCCCGCCACCGAUACUGUUGACCAACCCCAGCACUUCACAGACGAACACGGAUCAGUCUGAGGCUAAUCAGAGGCAGGAGGAAGUUAAGGAGGUUCAAGAACAGAAUUCUAAAGAACUGAAGCAAGAAACAAGUGAACCUUCGGAAGUCAUGAUCACUGAACAAGUGGAUGCGAAAAAGGAGGAACAUGUUCAAGAAAUGUCGGUUGAGAAUCGUGGCGCUUCACAGAAUACUAAAGAUAUCAAGGAAGAAACAAGUACAUCUUCCGAGUCCAUGGUCACUGAGCAAUUGGAUGUGGACAAAGAGGAACAUGUUCCAGAAAUGUUGGUCGAGGAUCCUGGAGUAGCACAGAAAUCUAAAGAGCUAAAGGAAGAAACAAGUGUACCUUCCAAGUCCAUGGUCACCGAGCAAGUGGAGAUGAAAAAAGAGGAAAAUUUUCAAGAAAUGCUGGUUGAGAAUUCUGGAUCAACAGAGGUUGUUGUGCAAGUGAAUACAACACAGGGACAAGUAGAGCAGAUCACGCUGCUCGAGCGUGACAAAGAGGAAACAGAAGUGGCGUGCGUGACAGCAGAGGAAAACGAGUUCAUGGAAACAAACCAAGGUAACAUGGAAAAUGUUGUCGACGAGCUUGUUGUUGCUGUUAAUGAUUCAACGAACCUCUCAGAACAAGGGGGCAAUGUGGAAUGUAUUGAAACCACUUCAGAAUCAAUGGAAACUGAUCAAUUGACCAGUAAGGAAGAUGGCGUGACGCAGAAAGUCACGCAGGUCACGUCAGACCAAUCCCAUAAUCAAGCUUUGAGAGGCGACGUGACAGAAGGCGAAGUUGUAGACAAUGCUGCAGAUUCUGAGCUAAGUGCCAGCACAGUAAACCGUGCGGAUGCUGGGUCGAGUGAUGCAACAAUGCUUCAAAUGUCCGUUGCCAUGGAGAUUGACAUUCAAGGAGAAAAUAGUGCUGCAAAUUCUCCAACGAAGGUUGAACUUUCAGAAAGAGAGACGUCGUCCAAACAUCUCCAAGAAUCGGAAAUUGCGCUUGAUCGAGAAUCAAAUCAAGGGCUGAACAGUGGAGAAGAUGGAACGUCAACCGUGAUGAACGUUGAAACUAUUACCGAGUGUGACACUAAUGAGGGCUCGGUGCUAGCAGACACUAGUUCGGAAGGGAGUGGACUAUGCACUGCACCUGCAACUAAUACUUAAAGUAGCUUAAGGUAAACUUAGCUGUUGCUAUGGUAUUAAAUGCUGGAGGUCGGCUCAGACGCGAUACAUGUUACAGAAAGGAGCCAGGCGCUAUGGACUGAAAAGGUCUGGCUGCACGCCGGUGCUGAGCUCCUGAGGCUGAAGGGAAGCGCCAGGGGCAGGGCUGACCUAGACUGCGAGCAGUCUCUCUUUUGCUCGGAAAUCGGUGGGGGAAGAACGCAAAACACCUGAGCGUGCGGGCGUGACUUCGAGCGUGACAUGCGAGUAGCGCGGGCGUCGGAAGACAAGGGCUCGUCUUCCGACGCCCGGGCCACUUUCGGCUCGAGGCUUCGCAUAUCACGCUCGCACGCUCACGGCCCACCGCUCGCUUCUGUGGCGAUCUUCUUUGCGUUCUUCCCCAUGGAGCUUCGAGAAAAAGAGACUGCUCGCAGUAUCUGCACUGACCAAGUCAUAGAUACAUCCUCAGGAAUAAGGACCCAGUGGUCAAAAGCUAGUAUUUUAUCAGUCUUGGUGGCAACAGUUCUUUGUGCCUUGAGAGUUCCUGAUUCUUCUCUCCUCAGAAAACAACAUCUCCUAGUCAGUAGUCUUCGAGCUCUCAUUUUAGCUUGUUGUCAUUUCAAUGUUUCUUAUCAACUUUAUUUCUGACCUACUGGGUUUAGUAAGUUCCAGAUUUGACUUAUCGCUUGGUAUGGAAGUUUCUUUGGAACUGCGCCAUUCACAGCGUUGAUUUAGGUAGACAGUAGUAGUAUAUGUGAUGUAGCUUAACGAACAAACAUAGAAGUUGAAUAGGAGAUUAACUACAGUGGACCAUGUUAAUAUGAUCAACCAACAUGCCUCCAAAAUCUUACCACUGCUUUAAGCAGCAUAGCCACUUGAGGGGACUGAGUUAUUCUUUAGAAGGCCCUGGUGAUGGGUGACAAACACAUCCAGAGUAUAUUAAUUACAUGUAAUUAUUGUGUGUUUGUACGGUGAUCAAGGUUAUUUCUCAUUCUUGGUCCCAGAGCUCGUCUCUUUGACAGGGGAGCACUGGGUUCUGGGUCCCAGUUCCUGUGACCGUGGUGGGAUCUCCCGGCAGUCACUAGAGUAUCGCAUGGCCCAAGGCUAUGCUGUCGGAAUCAGUAAUGUUUUUUUUAGUUAAGAGAUAGAGACGUGGUAUUUUUACACUCUUUUAUAUUUAGAUAGUCACAUGGGUGCGUACAGUCAGUUACCGUAAAUCCUCG